AUGAGUUCUACAAAAACUAUCGAAGAUUACAAAAGAGAUGUGGUGCAACUGAAAGGGAUGAUUAACAAGCUCUCUGAAAAACAAAAAGAGUUGCUUAAAAAAUAUGAUAAUCUAAAAUCAUAAGUUGAAUCAUAAACAAAAGAUAGUGAAAUGACUUAAAUUGUCAAGAUGAUUUAGGGCACAACCAAAAUUCAAAAAGUCUGGAGAGGUUAUAGAACUCGUGCUAAUUUUUUAAAGAAAUUGCAGGACUUUUAAGCAAGUACCCUUUAGCCUAUAAAAAAUUAAGUUUAAGACUAUGAAAUAAAUGAUUCUCAAUUAAACAAAAGAGCUGUUUAAAAAAUAAAUAAAUAAUUAUUGAAAAAGACUUCAAUAGAUCUAGCUAUGCUAUUUAGGGCUCUCGAUGAUGAAAAUGCAUAAUAAAUCAAAUCAGAAAAGUUGGAAUAAUAUUUAAAAACUUAUAUUCUUUCCAAAAAUAUUAAAGAAAAUGACAUUAAAAGAUUAAUUUUUUUGCUAGACGAAGGCUGCUCUGGGUAUAUUUCUAAAUAAGAAAUGCACACAUGCCUUUCAGCCUACGGAAUAAAUUUUGAAGAUUCAGCUUCGUACUCAAGAACAAUCGAAUUAGAGGUCCUUCUGAAUUUCGCUUAUCGCUGCUCUCUAAAAGGUUUCACAGCUGAGGAUACUUAUUAAAGAAAGCUAUUGAAUCAGCGUAGCAGUAGCAUCAAAAAUCUUCUAAAAAUAAAUGAAAUUUAUAUUGAGAGUGAAGUUAUUUAAUGCAGUUUUGUUUAUAUACUUUUUUGA